AUGGACAGGUUAUUCAGAAGGUUCUCAAACAAGGCCACGGGCGCGAGAAACAACAAUGACAUGUACUACUUUGACGGUACUCACGCCUCGAACGGGCCAUUUCGCCGGCCAUCAACACCGGAGGCACCGCCACCAUACUCACCACCUACUGCAAAUGCCACCACCAGCGCCGCUAACACUACCACCGCGCCCUUCUCCCCAGCCGAUCUCUCCACGACGAUGCAAACGGGCGAUGACUCACCCUACGCCUUCCUGCGCACGUUCGACACCAUCUUCCUGAUCGACGACUCCGGCUCCAUGGCCGGCCGCUCGUGGCGCGAGACCUCCUCGGCACUCGCGGCCAUCGCGCCAAUCUGCACGGCCCACGACCCCGACGGCAUCGACGUGUACUUCCUCAACCACCGCAACCCGCACAGCACGCACGGCGGAUACACGAACCUGACGACCACAUCCGCGGUGCAGGGUCUGUUCAACACCGUCCGACCCCUAGGCGGCACGCCCACGGGCACGCGGCUCAACCACAUCCUGAAACCCUACUUGGCUGAACUGGCCGACAGCCUGGAACGCCAGGCGCACGGCCACGACGCGACUGUGAAACCGCUCAACAUCAUCGUCAUCACCGACGGCGUGCCCUCGGACGAUGUCGAGAGCGUGAUUGUCUCUUCGGCGCGCAAGCUCGAUUCUAUGAAUGCGGAGCCGUGGCAGGUCGGCGUGCAGUUCUUCCAGGUCGGCCGCGAGCCCGAGGCCAGGGACAUGCUCCAGGAACUGGACGACGCGUUGUCCGGGGAAUAUCAUAUCCGGGACAUGGUCGAUACGGUGCCCUGGAGCGGCGAGGCCGGCGACGAGGGGCUGACGGGGCAGGGAUUGCUCAAGGUCUGUCUGGGCAGUGUGGUCAGGCGGUGGGAUCGGAGGCAGGUGUAG